AUGGUGCACCUCCGUAUAAAUGAAACCGAAAGCAACCCGAAUCCACACAUCAACUUCAUAACAGCACUACCGUCUGUUCCAGAGAUUCAACAAGAAUCCCUGCAUGUUCUCCGCGCUCUGGCAGCCCAAGUUCGCCCGGUUAUGAAGAGUCAUGGUUUCGUGAUUAAUAGCUUUGAAGAGUACGAAUAUAACAGUGUAUUCGCUGGGAGGAAUUGGAACAAUGGAGAAACAGUUGAGAUUGUCCUUCGCCGACCUGGAGGCGAUUUCUACCCGACUUCUUGGUUAAUGAGCACCCUCUGCCAUGAACUGGCACAUAUCAAACAUAUGAAUCAUGGUCCUGCUUUUCAAGCGUUGUGGAAGAAAUUGCGGGAAGAAGUGCGACAGUUGCAGAAUAGAGGGUACUACGGCGAUGGUUAUUGGUCCUCUGGAAAGCGUUUGGCAGACUCGGCCGUGAUACCAGGAGAAGGAAUCGCGGCAGGUGAAUUCCCAGAGUAUAUGUGUGGUGGAGCUCAGCAGCGCUCUCGUCCGACUGCACGGCGGCGGCGCGCUGGUGGUCCAAGAGGGAAGCGAAAGGAAGUGGUUCCUUCACCACAUACGGGGAGACAGACGGCAAAGAAACGGAAGGCCGGGUCCAGGGUGACUUCAAAGUAUGCUUUCACCGGAGAGGGGAACACGCUGGGCGGGAGCUCGGGUGAGACGAGCAAAGGAAAGCGAGCGGCGAGCAAUCGAGCACGGGAAGAAAGGGCACUGGCGGCUGAAAGGCGGUUGCAAGCAUUGACUGGGAGUCUGUCUGUAUCAAGCGCCAAAUCUGAGGACCCCAACUCGAGCGAUGAAAGUGAUGAAGAAUUUGAGAUAACAACGGAGACCGACGCGGAAAGAAGAGAAGCCUUGCUCAAUUCCAAGCAAAGCGAGGACGAAAUCGAGUAUCUUGGCUCGGGGAAGUCCUGGCGCAUGUUCGAGGACGAUUUCACCUUUUCGAAGUCGACGGGCACGCAGCCUUCUUCGAGAGGGUUCACAUCGAAACAGGAGAGUAAUAGCCAGUCUUCUGGCUCUGCAAGUACCUUGAAGCAAAUGAUUGGCAGCGCACGGUUACGAGAAUCACCCACAAAUCUCGGUUUGGGCAAACUCGUUCAAAGCGAGAUCGACUUUCGCAAAAAGGAGUCCUUGGGGUUAGCAUCGACUAAAGGGAAAGGGAGAACACUCGGCAACAAGCCUCGCUCUCCCUCGCCGCCGCCGGUGGAAGAUGGCUGGAGUUGUCAGGUGUGUACGCUGAUUAAUCAACCACGGCAUCUUGCCUGCUCGGUGUGUGCGACACCACGAGGGGAGACCGUUCCUCCUUGA